GGCCACACUCAUUUCCCAGGCCCUCCGCUGGUGUGGAAGUGAACACCUUUUAUAGGAGGAGUUUACCAACUCCUCUUAAACCCCCGAGCCUCUGUGCUCCAGACCAUUUCCUCUCAGCCUCCUGCCCAGCCAAGAACAGCUCAGAAUGAUCCCAGGAGGCUUGACAGAGGCCAAACCGGCCACGCCAGAAGUCCAGGAGAUCGUUGAUAAGAUCAGAGAAAAGCUAGAAGAGAAAACCAACGAGAAAUAUGAAAAAUUUGAAGCCGUCGAAUAUAAAACUCAAGUCGUCGCUGGAGUCAAUUAUUUCAUUAAGGUGGAUGUUGGCAAUGGUAACUACUUACACGUGAAAGUCUUUCAAGGUCUUCAAGGACAAGAUGAUUUGGAGCUUAGUGAUUACCAGACUAACAAAACCAAGGAUGAUGAAAUCACCUACUUCUAAAGAGACCUGAUUCUCCCACUAUA